CCCUGCCCGGUUAAAAGAGUCUUACAAAUGUAUGGCUUACAGGAAGCAUAAAGUUAAAGCGUCUGGAAGAAAUUAGACGCAGAUAAAGGACAGUUCACUACUUCAACCUGUACGCUUGGAAAAACUUGAAUGAAUUAGUUUUUAGUGACCAACAUUGACUACUGUUGGAUAACUUUUUUCUUUUUUAUCAGCUGACAACGUCAGAAUGAACUGCCAAGAUGCUCCAACAGACCUCAUCACAGCAGACUGAUGCAAACUAUACUAUGUAAUGUACUGGAGGAGGAGAGAAACUUGAAUGUUCAUUCGUUGUAUGAAAAACGUGGAUACUGCACAUCUUUUAAAAGCAACGAGUUUUUAGAUGCUCCAUGCCGGUGUCUUCUGUAUUUUACACAAAAACUUAUAUGGGAAAGUUUUUCCAGUGUCUGGAGCGUGCGAGCCUCUUCGGACAGCAUCCUUGCUAAACUAACGGGACAUCUCCACGCAGCUGCUCCAAGAUGAGAUGUGAUAAAGUGAUCACCUACUUGAGGAUUGUUGGGACGACACUGUUCGGCAUUUUGCUGCUUGUGGGAAUCUCUACUGCUUAUAUCAUGGGGUAUAAGCUUAUAACGACUGCAGGCAACUACUUGUCCUUUGGUCUUUAUGGGGCAAUUCUAGUCAUUCACCUCAUCAUCCAGAGCUUGUUUGCUCUACUGGAACACAGGAACAUGAAACGUUCCCUGGAAACACCGAUCAAACUCAACAAGUCACUGGCCCUUUGCAUCGCAGCCUAUCAGGAAGACCCCAACUACCUGAGAAAAUGUUUAAUAUCAGUGAAGAGGCUCACCUACCCUGGGAUAAAGGUCAUUAUGGUUAUCGACGGGAACAAUGACGAUGACUGCUACAUGAUGGAGAUCUUUCGGGACAUCAUGGGCCGGGACAAGGCAGCCACAUACAUUUGGAAAAGCAACUACCACCAGAAAGGACCAGAGGAAACCGAAGAAUCAUAUGCCGAAAGCUUGCAGCACGUUUCUCGACUGGUUCUCAACAAUAAGUGUGUGUGCAUCAUGCAGAAGUGGGGCGGGAAGAGGGAGGUCAUGUACACCCCCUUCAAAGCCCUGGGAAGAAGUGUCGACUACGUACAGGUAUGUGAUUCAGACACCAUGUUGGACCCAGCCUCCUCAGUAGAGAUGGUGAAGGUUCUAGAAGAAGAUCCCAUGGUUGGAGGAGUAGGUGGAGAUGUACAGAUUUUGAACAAAUAUGAAUCGUGGGUCUCCUUCCUCAGCAGUGUGAGAUAUUGGAUGGCAUUCAACAUUGAAAGAGCUUGCCAGUCAUAUUUUGGGUGCGUUCAAUGUAUCAGCGGCCCCUUGGGGAUGUACAGGAACUCCCUGCUUCAUGAGUUCCUGGAGGACUGGUACAAUCAGACAUUCAUGGGAAGCCACUGCAGUUUUGGCGAUGACCGCCACCUGACCAACCGAGUCUUGAGCCUGGGAUAUGCCACAAAAUACACAGCCCGCUCCAAGUGUUUGACCGAGACGCCCAUUACCUACCUACGCUGGCUCAACCAGCAGACCCGCUGGAGUAAAUCGUAUUUCAGAGAGUGGCUUUACAACUCCAUGUGGUUUCACAAGCACCACUUGUGGAUGACCUACGAAGCCGUCAUCACCGGCUUCUUCCCUUUCUUUCUCAUCGCCACUGCAAUCCAGCUCUUCUACCAGGGCAGGAUCUGGAAUAUCCUUCUGUUCCUGCUGAUUGUCCAGGUCGUGGCACUGAUCAAGUCUUCGUUCGCCAGUUGCCUCCGAGGAAACAUCGUCAUGGUCUUCAUGUCCUUCUACUCAGUGUUAUACAUGUCAAGUCUGCUACCGGCAAAGAUGUUCGCAAUAGCCACUAUAAACAAAUCCGGUUGGGGAACAUCUGGAAGGAAGACCGUCGUGGUAAACUUUAUUGGACUUAUUCCGAUCUCAGUUUGGUUCACCAUUCUUUUUGUUGGAAUUAUUUACACAAUAAUCCAAGAGACCCGAAAGCCUUUUCCGGAGUCUGAAAAAGUUGUUUUGAUAAUCGGCGCAAUUGUGUAUGCCAGCUACUGGGUCGUGUUUUUGACUUUGUAUGCUGUCCUCAUUAUAAAGUGUGGCAAGAGGAAGAAAGGACAACAGUAUGACAUGGUCCUUGAUGUGUAGUAUUUCCCAGUGCCCUUCAUCCUUUCUUUUCUACGUUUACAUUAAAAACAAUCUUAGACUGCUAUCUGAAGGCGGGCUGUCCGCAGGUGACAGGAAGUGAUCCUGUAAGGAGGCAUCAUUGCUGCUGUGACUGUUACUAAGGAUUUUCCUUUGAAGUGAGCUUUGACACUCUUUAUGUUUUAGUAUUCCACCACCAAAUGACAACUUCUUUGCACUUUCACGUUCACUCUCAUUAUGCAUAAUGCUUGAUAUAGAACUUUAAGGAACAAAAUACCUCAGUGGUUAUGUUUGCAUUGUGUGAGCAUUUGUCGACGAGUCGAUGAGACUCAUUUUUUCUUAGUAAUUUAUGAUUUUUAAUUUAGCUUGUUUUUAUAGAUAUAAAAUAUAUUACGUAUACAUUUUUAGACUGAAAUCCAAAACAGAACUGAGUUUUUUUUUUUUUUUUUGAUUGUGCUGUACUUUGUAUUUGCAUAAUGUAUUUUUUUGCCUUUUAUAUAGACUUGUUUAUUUUUUGCUUUGCCACCAAAGAUUCUCUAUUUUCAGUAAAAAUGAGGAAAUGUAA